AUGGUUAAAGAAGGACACGGUGCAUUUCCUGUUCCUAAAGCCAAUGACAUACCGCCUCCUGCAAAUAUAAAGAAGAUCGGGGCCUUGAAACGUUUUUCAGAUGAAGCUUAUGCGAAGUCUUUGCUCUAUGAUGCAGCAAGAUUAGUUGCACCAAUAAUACACGAGCAGAAGUUCAAAGUUGGAAAAUUAUAUGAAAUGUAUCCUGAUAAGGCGGAACUAUGGGGCCUAAAUGUCAAUCACGGACAAAAGAUAUACCUAAGGUUAAGAGAACAUCACAAUGAUAAACUGUUUCUCCCCAUGGGUGAUAUAGUAGGGACCUUACUUCAUGAAUUAACACACAAUUUGUAUAGUGCUCACGAUAGUAAGUUCUACAAGUUUUUGGACAAACUAAAGUCGAGAUACGACGACAUACAUUGUAGGGGAGCCAAAACAAAAUAUUUAUGCGAGGAAAACAAGGUUGGUAGAGGUGUAUUAUUAUCCGGAAGUUUAGUAUCUGUCAGAGAGCAAAGGCUCAAGGAAUUAAGCAAACCAAAGUUUGCGAAUGAAAGCAAAGUUUUAGGACUGAAUUCAAAAAUUAAUAAACCUAUCGGUGGCUCGCCAAGGGAUCUUAGACAGGCAAUUCUAGAGGCGGCAGAGCGUCGGUUGAGAGAUUCAAAAUGGUGUCAUAGUGAAAAUGCAGAAACCGAAAGUGUUCCCAAAGAGGACGAGUACGACACAACUCAGGUGGAGCUUAUCGGUCCUACAGAAGGUAAACCAGUUGGAACAUUUGCUAAUGAUAUCAUUGAUUUAACAUCGGACACUGAAGAAACUCCAAUUCAACCUGAUAACCCGAAACGCCGCAUACUCCACGAGAUAAUUGAUUUAACUUCAGAUACAGAAGACAUAGAGCCAACAACACCAGAGGUAAUAUGUAUAGAUUAA